AUGGCGUCAGACCGCCCAAUCUCCUCUGACGAGAAGGCCUUGUCGCUGGUGCAGGCUACUGAACCAACAAUUCAAUGGCCGGAUGAGAAGAGUAACGACGCUGUUGUCUCCAACACUGUUGCUGUUGAUCCCGACAAGCCAUCGUCACAACUCGAGCCCGUCGAGAUAGUGCGAGCGCAUUCGGUAUACACAUCACGGGAAAAGAGGCUAAUCGUGAUCGCCGCCGCGUUCAGCGGGCUUUUCGCAUCAUGGACGGCGCAAAUAUACCUACCGGCGCUCAACAAUGCCGCCCACGAUUUGCACACCUCGACUAAGAAGAUCAACUUGACCGUUACAAGCUAUAUGGUAUUCCAGGGCGUUACGCCGAUAUUCAUCGGUGGCUAUGCGGAUGCGAUGGGUCGGCGGCUAGUCUACAUCAUUUGCUUCGUUCUUUACAUCGCUACCGACGUAGCGCUCGCCUUGACCAACUCGUACGGCAGCCUACUAGCUUUGCGCUCGGUGCAGUCGAUCACCAUCUCGUCUACACAAGCCCUCUGCCAGGGCGUAGUGGCCGACAUAAGCACCAGCGCAGAGCGUGGCCAGUACGCUGCAUUCCUCGCACUUCCCACGAUCCUGGGCCCUAGCAUAGGGCCCGUAAUUGGCGGAGCGAUCGCGCAGUUUCUUGGAUGGCGGAAUAUCUUCUGGUUCCUCGCUAUCACGGCAGGUGUUAAUCUGUUUAUCCUGAUUGCCCUCUUUCCCGAGACUUGUCGCAGAAUCGUAGGGGAUGGCUCGAUUCUGCCGAGAAAAGCCAACCAGACUUUGUUGCAACUAUUCAAGAACCGCCACAAAGACCAGUCGCACGAACUGGAGACAGGCAUUACACCUGUACUUACCGGAGAAGCUCCUAAAGCGGAGUUUCCCUGGGCUCGGUUCCUUAGCGCGCUGACCCUUCUAUUUGAGAAGGAGUUGUUCCUCCUAUCCAGCUACGGUGGUCUUCUAUUUGCCGGUCUCUACGCCGUAGGAACUGCAGCACCCAGCCUCUUCUCCAAAUAUUACGGCUAUAAUGGCCUAAAAAUCGGCCUCUUGUAUCUACCUCUAGCCUUAGGGUCGGUAGUCGCUGUGGUACUAGUGGGCAAAGGACUAAACUGGAACUUCCAGCGGCACGCCAAACGCCUCAAUAUUACAGUCAUCAAAGGUCAACACAUGGACUUGGCUGAGUUUCCCAUAGAACGAGCACGAAUCGAGGUCCUCGUACCGUUUUUCAUCCUAAGCAUCAUCGUCAUUACGGCAUGGGGAUGGACGGUCGAAAAUCAGGUUUCGAUUGGCGCUGUAGUAGUGCUCGUGUUCCUCUUAGGACUAGGGCUGUCCGGUGUAGCAAGCGUCUUCAGUGCGCUUAUCACAGAUAUUAGACCCGAGAAAGCCUCUGCCGCAUCAGCCUCGAACAACAUCAUCAAGUUCCUGUUGGGAGCGGCUAUGUCGGCUGCGAUCGACCCCCUAAUAUCCGCCGUGGAACCCGGCAAAGCUUUCUCCAUUAUUGCGUCGUUCUAUGUGGUGGUAUCGCCCUGCUUAGUGUUGGUUGUCCGGAAAGGGAUGAGGUGGCGACAGGAGGUAAGGGACAAGGAUAAACAAGCUAGUAGAACACAGUAA